AUGGAUGGCUUACACAAGUUGUUGGUGGCUCUGAUUGCAAUCUGCAUUUGUUCUGCAAAUGGCACAAUCGAUAAUACUCCUCCUCUUUCUCCAAAGCUAUACAAAUCUCCUCCUCCACCCACCGAUCCCCCAUCGCCAUUUUCAAAUGUUCCUCAGCUAGUGUGGCCACCCUUUCUGCGUAAGUCUUUUUCAACUCCUCCCCAUAACGUUUACAAAUCCCGUACAACCCUUCCUCGAGAUUAUCCUAUUCCAAUCCACACUCCACCCAAAAAUUCUCCUCCGAAACAUGAGGUGAUGUCAAAUUCCAAGCCACCUACUUCACCUCCUUCUAAGAAACCAAAAGGUCCAUUAUCCCCAACACCCAACUACAAAUCUCCAAAACAUCAGGGGACAUCAAAUUCCAAGCCACCAACUUCUUCUCCUUCUAAGACACCAAAAGCUCCAUCAUCCACACCGCCCAACUACAAACCGCCAACCCCACAUACUGUAUUUAAGCCUCAAUCUUUCCCUGCAAACCCACCUCGAAUUCCACCUUCACCUACUAUAUUUAAGCCUCAACCUCUUCCACCUCCACAUGCGUUAUUCAACAGAGAGCCUGAGGUAUUCUGGAUUGAACCUAAGCCUGGAGACCCACCUCCACAUGCGGUAUUCAACAGAGAGCCUGAUCCUGACGACCCACCUCCACAGUCCAAAUCUGCAGCCUUCACACUACCUCCUCCUCCUUUAUGUUAG